GGCAGCAGAGAAGUAAAGGAGCCAAACAAGAAUACAAACUGUUGGGUAGGCCCUAAUGACCCCCAAUCCAUUAGCUGUAUGGAAAGCUAAGGCGUGUUUUGAGACACAAUAUUUCAAUUCAAUGCUACUCUCAAAACACAAACAAUAACAACAACAACAACUCUUGUUAAUUCCCUUCCCUUCCUUUUCCUUUUCCUUUGUUUUCCCAUAUAAAUAAGACUCUACCCUAACCUUCCAUUUCACAACAAAAAAAUUCUUCAGUUCACUAUAUCUAUGGCAAUGUUUUACCAAUUUAGGAAUGCUGGUGUCUUUUUUUUCCUUUGUGUUCUUCUCUUAUCUGGUGUGUGUGUUUUGGGUCGACCAGCCACUUUUCUACAAGACUUUCAUGUCACGUGGUCUGACUCCCACAUCAGGCAAUUUGAUCAAGGCAGGGCAAUCCAACUCAGACUUGACCAAAGCUCUGGAUGUGGGUUUGCUUCCAAGGUGAAGUACAUGUUUGGGCGUGUUAGCAUGAAGAUCAAACUCGUCCCUGGAGACUCUGCUGGCACAGUCACUGCAUUUUAUUUGAACUCUGACACGAAUUAUGUUCGUGACGAGCUUGAUUUCGAGUUCUUGGGGAACCGUACUGGGCAACCUUACACAGUUCAAACAAACAUCUACGCUCAUGGAAAGGGUGACAGAGAACAGAGGGUCAACCUCUGGUUUGACCCUGCUGCGGACUUCCACACCUAUUCAAUUCUCUGGAACCAUCACCAUAUUGUAUUCUACGUGGAUGAUUUUCCAAUCAGAGUAUACAAGAACAACGAGGCCAGGGGGAUUCCAUACCCAAAGAUGCAAGCAAUGGGAGUGUAUUCAACAUUAUGGGAAGCAGAUAACUGGGCCACAAGGGGUGGAUUGGAGAAAAUAGAUUGGAGCAAAGCACCAUUCUAUGCUUACUACAAGGACUUCGACAUUGAAGGAUGUGCAAUGCCAGGACCUGCAAACUGUGCCUCCAACCCAAGUAACUGGUGGGAAGGGGCUGCAUACCAAGCCCUUAACUCCAUUGAAGCAAGAAGGUACAGGUGGGUUCGUGUGAACCAUGUCAUCUAUGACUAUUGUAAGGAUAAGUCAAGGUUCCCAGUGACCCCACCAGAGUGCCUUGCUGGCAUUUAAUUAAAUUAAUUUUCGGUGGUUUCUCAACAUUCAUGCAUGCCUCACUUAUUAUAUGUUGUUUUUUUUUUUUUUUGUUCCUUUAUUUUACAUUACACUGUUUUUGUUGUGUUGUGUACACAUUGUGCAUAUAACAAAUUAUUCUUGGGUCCGAGCUCGUACGUUGGACGAAGCCUAUGUUCGAAUCUGACGGGGCAUUUGUUGUUUGAGUAAAAAGAAAAAAGAAAAACCUCUUCAGGUCCUCUUUCUUUGUAUUUUAGUGCGCGUAUAUUGGUUGUGAUAUAAGAAAGCUUUGUAAUUGUACUCAUUAUUGGGAUGAAAUGAAAUGAAAUUUAUUGUUAUUGUUUUUU